AGGUCAUCCUGUCCUAUGUUCUCUUUUUCCUGGCAGUUUCUGAACUUCUGGAACAAACAGGAUACUCUAGAGCUGGAGAGCCCCUCACUGACGUCCACUCCAGUAUGCAGCCAAAAGGUGGUAGUCACCACACCCCUGCACCGGGACAAGACACCCCUGCACCAGAAGCAUGCUGCAUUUGUAACCCCAGAUCAGAAAUACUCCAUGGACAACACUCCUCACACGCCAACCCCGUUCAAGAACGCCCUGGAGAAGUAUGGACCACUGAAGCCCCUGCCCCAGACCCCGCACCUGGAGGAAGACUUGAAGGAGGUGUUGCGUUCCGAGGCUGGCAUUGAGCUCAUUAUUGAGGAUGACACGAGGCCCGAGAAACAGAAGAGGAAGCCCGGACUGCGGAGGAGCCCCAUCAAGAAAGUCCGAAAGUCCCUGGCUCUUGACAUUGUGGAUGAGGAUGUGAAGCUGAUGAUGUCUACACUGCCCAAGGCUCUGUCCUUGCCAACAAAUGUCCCAUCCAGCUCCUCCAGCCUCUCCUUGCCAGGUGUCAAAGAAGACAACAGCUUGCUCAACCAGGGCUUCCUACAGGCCAAGCCUGAGAAGGUGGUAGCCCAGAAGCCCCGAGGCCACUUUCCAGCCCCUGCCCCUAUGACCAGCGCCUGGAAGACAGUGGCCUGCAGGGGGACCAGGGAUCAGCUCUUCAUGCAGGAAAAAGCCCGGCAGCUCCUGGGCCGCCUGAAGCCCAGCCACACAUCGCGUACCCUCAUCUUGUCCUGAAGGGCCUGGAGGGCAUGUACCUGUUUCUCAUGUUUACAGGGGUUGGAGGUGGUGGAGGGGUCUGGAUUCAAGUCACAUUUAAGUGAGACCAACUACAGGGAGCCUUCUGCCACCAGCCCCUCCUCUACUGACUGCUCAGGUGGUGACAGGAGGGCCACACACUAUCCUGUCACCAAGUCCUGGUGCUAACAGAACAAAGUCCCACUCCUGGGCCUGCCUGUCCCCUCCCCAGUGCCACAGGGAGCAAGCCUUAUUGCCUUCUCCCAAGUUCAGGUCUAGGUCAGGCCUGGCCUCAUCUCAGACCCCUGCGUGGGACAGGGGACAGGGCUGGGUGCUCUUUUUCUCAACCUCUGUUGGUACUUUUUCUUGCAAAAAUAAAAUUGCCUUUCUCCUUGUG